AUGAACAUCAUUGGUUGCAAGUGGGUAUUCCGCAUCAAAAGGAAGUCUGACGGCACCGUUGAAUGUUUUAAAGCCCGUCUGGUCGCCAAAGGGUUCAACCAGAUUCUAGGCGAGGACUACCUUGAAACAUACAGCCCUGUGGUCAAACCGACAACCAUUCGGCUCCUGUUAGCGUUUGCAGUUUCCAACGGCUGGACUAUGCGCCAACUUGACGUGCACAACGCCUUUCUGAAUGGGCGUGUCAGUGAAGACAUCUACAUGCGUCAGCCUCCGGUAUAUGUCAACGAUAUUCUCCUGAUUGGUAAAAAACCAGAUAUGAUCCAGGAUAUAAUCUCGAAACUAUCCACAGUGUUUCGAAUUCGUGAUCUCGGCAAGCCUCGUUUCUUUUUAGGUAUUGAGGCUAUUGAUGUUACAGGCUCUAUGGUGUUGUCCCAGAAAAGGUACAUGACUGAGCUUCUUCGUAAGGCAGGUAUGGAGUCAUGCAAGUCAUUAUCCACACCUAUUGUUGCAAAUACCAACCUCGCACAUAGUGAUUCGGCUCAACUAGAUGAUCCAACACCGUAUCGCCAGCUUGUUGGCUCAUUAAUGUACCUGUUGAUCACUCGUCCGGGCUUAGCCUUUGCUGUUAACAAGCUGUGUCAAUUUAUGCACUCCCCGACACAGGAUCACUGGGCAGCACUCAAAAGGGUGCUACGGUAUGUCAAAGGCAGGUUAGACCUCGAUCUCCGCCUUGCACCGACUUCUACUCCGGUGCUCUAUGCAUUCUCUGACUCUGACUGA